UCAUUGUUUUAUAUUAACGCAUUUAACUUUUUAUAGCGCUUUUUCGUUAGACAAAAUCUAAAAUCGCUUUAUCAAAAAUAAACACGUAGUACUUUAUAGGAAUUAAAAUAUAGGCUACAACAGUAGCUAGGUCAAGUCUGAGUGGUGUCCGUGAGAGAAUCUGGAAGCUCAGAGCGAGAUGUUUUAACACCGUUUUAAAACUAUGGCGCCCGACAUGGUUCAAUGUACCAAUAAAUCAGUACGAUCUACUUUGUUGUUUUUUUUCUUCUAAUUGUCGGCAUCUUGGAGCAAGAAUUGGGAUCAUGUAUACUGUGGUAAUGAAGAUAAAUGGAUAAUAACUGACUACAGCAAUGUAUAAUACGGCGAACUUAGCAAACGAGGAAAUUGUGGUUAGUGCAUUCAUUGAGGUAUAAAAGGAAACCGUUAAAGAAUCAAACGGAAUAAAAUAACAGUUCCUAUUUUUAGGUCCCUCCCCAUUUUGUUCAGUUUGCUUCUGUUUAAGAAAUGUUUUGCAGCAUAAUAGGAGUAAUUUUCAAAUACAGAGAUUCAUGGACCAUGUAUAGAGCCCCACAGUGGUGUUGUAAUACCCAUAAAAUCAGCCUCUGUUACAGUUAUUUGAAUAAUUCAAUGGAUGUUCUGUGCACAAAAGUGUCUUAUCAAUUUUCUAAUCAGUCUUCUCAAUGAAGCGAUCAAUGGAAAUGGUCUUUCUGGGCUUGACGUCAGUUAAACUGCAGUACAGAAAGCAAGAAUGUAGGAGCAAGUGGUUUCUUCCAGACCUGAACCCUGGCCCCUUGAAGUGGUUUCCUCUAGUUGCCACAGUAAAUAUUGGCAAUGCAAAAAAAUAUAUAUAAUAAUGAAAAUGUUAUUUUGGGGUUUAAAUUAAGUUUACCUGUGUCUUUUUUGGGGGGGUUAAUGUCACAUUUUAAGAAGAGAAAUUGUAGAAAUAGGUGGGGUUUAUGACUGUUGCUGUGGCAACGAGUGACGACUCCUUGAAGUGCAUGCUGGGGCUUCCGCUAUUCUUUCUGUUCCUCUGGAAAUGGCUGGUCUAAAACAACAACAACACUGAGACCCACUCGAACGCUUGCUUACAGCUGCACCACAGGGUCGGACAGGCCGCUUGCUUAAAUGAUCGUCACGCCUGCUCUGCGGUGUCAGACCCUGUAGUGCAAGCGUAAGGUGUGGGAUCUACUGGCUAACUUUUCCAAUUGGAAAAGGGGGGUUGUUUUUGUAAAGGAGUAUAACAGUCUUUGGGUGUAAAUUAGUUUUUGUCUGCGAGGGCAGACAGCACCCUAUACAAUUUUCAUGGAAAUUAAUUUCGUGAGAAGCAUACAAAAUACACAAUCAAUGGGGCGAGCGGUCGCAUUUGCAUUCGCUCUGCAUUCGCUCUGCAGCAUCUGUGGAACACUUCACUCGGUUGAUCAGUACCUGAACAUUAAACUGACAGACAUCAGUGUCACGGAUCCAGAGAAGUAUCCCCACAUGUUAUCGGUGAAGAACUGUUUCAUCCGAGGCUCUGUGGUGCGAUACGUCCAACUACCUGCAGACGAGGUCGACACUCAGCUGUUACAGGACGCUGCACGCAAGGAGGCACUGCAACAGAAGCAGUGAUGCUUUAACACGUGACAUCAUGGCUGGGGGGGGAGGGAGGGAUUUGGAAGAUGGACAGAUUAUGUUUUAGUUCGGUGUAAACAAUCCAAAAUUAAUUUAAUCUGUUUGCAUUAGAAGCCCCUGAUAUGUUUUCCUUGUUGUCUAGCCUGGUUUGCCACAUUGGUUUUGCAGUGCUUUAGUGUCACCUACCUCAAAUGCCAACUAAGGUCUCCCAGCACUUGAUACCCUACUGUUUUGUAAACAUUCGGACAACACUUCCUGUUUCCUAUACUAUACCGCGCCACUAUUGGUUGAUGUCAGAAAUGACCAGAUUCAGUUUGUUUUUUAUUUUAUUGUUGUCCUUGUGAAGCAGUAUCCAUAAUUUAAUAUAUUCUCCUUCUGAAGACUGUUCUUCUGCUCAGAUGGAGAAUAUUCUCUGCUUUUUCUUUUUAUAAAACCAGUUUUGAGUUUGUAUGACUCAUGUUAUUUGCAUCACCUUUUUGAUUUGUAGAUAAAAACCUUGUUUAAA